AUGAACAAUAAUUUCUGCCGGGCCUUAGUGGACCGCAGGUCCGUGACUUCCCCCAGCUGUAUGCAGCUGGGGAUUGUGGCCCCUCCUGGGCAUUCCCACCUUCCCCCCACGGAGUCCUUGAUGAGCAUGCCUUUCCUGCUUUACCCCAGCAAUGUGGAGCCAGCCUAUUAUGACACAUAUGGUGGGGUCUUCCCCUACGUCCCAUUCCAUGGUCCCUUUGGAGUCUAUGACUACCCAUUUGAGCCAGCCUUCAUCCAGAAACGUAACGAGAGGGAGAGGCAGAGGGUGAAAUGUGUCAACGAGGGCUACGCCCGACUCCGGGGGCACCUUCCAGGGGCACUAGCAGAGAAGAGACUCAGCAAAGUGGAGACCCUUCGAGCUGCCAUCCGGUACAUCAAAUACUUGCAAGACCUACUUAGCACAGCACCGGAGGGCACAGCUUCCACCACUGGGAGUAGUGUCCUGGGUGGAGGACCAGCUCCCAAGCCUCCCCCUGGCCCUCUGACGGACUGCACCAGUGAUGGCGAAUCCAAAGCCUCUUCUUCCCUGGUCCCAGAGUCUUCCUCUUCCUCCUACUUCUCCUCAUCCCCCUUCUGUGAAUCAGAGGAAUCCAGCCACUGAAACCCUCCCUCCCACAGCGCCUACAACCCUUCCCCUUUCUCUCUUCAUCCCUCUAUCUCUGAAUCAACAGUCAACAGUGUAGGUGCUCCAGGUGGGAAAGGGUGCAAUCUAAUGGGCAGUUCUCUACCAAUUCAUCCUUCUUAUCCCAGGCUCCCUAAAGAUGUCCAGGAAUCAAGGCUCUGUAGACAAACCUUGUGAAUGUGCUCUGCAGUAUCCCAUGAUCUCCACCAGAUGGCUCUAAACCCCAAAAUUCUAGCAUCUCCUCCAGGUUCCAGCCAAUUCCUGUGACUAAAUGGUAGCACAAUUGACUUCUCGGUAGCAGUAGGAAUUGUCCCAAGCAGAAUUCCUUUCAAGGACAUAAUCACAAAUCCAGGCUCAUGAAUCAAGAUACCGUCAAACUCCCUCCCUCACAAUUAUAGCUUACACCAAAAAGGGAAGAGGAACAAGUAUUUAUUGAGUGCCUUCUAGAUGCCAGACACCAUGCUAAAAGUUUUUCAAAGAUUCUCUCAUUUGAGAUAACUCAUUUUGAGUUUAUCAAUUCAAAGAACCUCGAUUUCUCUCCUGGGCCAUGACAUAAAGGAAUACUUGAAUACUUGCAGAAGAGGGAAGUGGGAUAUUGUGGGAUUUAUUCUUCUAAGCUCUUUCUGAGGUCAUAGUAGGCAGUAGGUAAAAGCUGGGAUGGAGGGCAGCUAGGUG